AUGGCAAAGCUGGGCGGUAUCAACACCUCCGCGUGGAGCCUCCGAGGCCCAGCCCUGCAAAAACUCGCCAAUCCCAGGAAACCAUGCGCCUCCGGCUCACGGCCGAGACCUUUACAUCCGCGACGCAGCGACAAGCACGCGGUCUCGGCAGCAUCCACCGGCCAAGGCGAGCAGCAACCUGCCCCUGCCGUCGCGUCGCCGCGGGCUCGGCCCGAUGCCGACACGUUCAGCGUCGAGUUCCUGACGCGCGACGGCUGCCGGCUGGGCAUCUCCCGGUACCCGGACUUCGCUUACAACGCCCAUGGCGGCCGCGGCGUGGGAGCCGGGCGUGGCGCGAGCGGCACGGCGGAGGCGGAUGGCACGGUGCUCGUCGAUUUCGACGUGUCGAGCCUGUACAUCCCGGCAAUGUCUGGCGCCACCACUAGGUUCCUAGGGCUGCCGCUGCCGCCAUUCCUCAAGAUCGACAUCUUGCCCGAGGCUCUGCGCGGGAGCAUUGAUCGGACGACUGGUCAGGUCGACCUGAAGUUCAGGUCGAGGUUCUGUUUCUCGGUUGGGAGCAUCUACCAAGCUCCGCCGUUGUUCGUCGACACAACACUGACGUCUGAGGAGUCCAGUGGAGCCAUAAGACGCGGAACUGGCGAAAGAUUGGACGGCGGAGGGAGAUGCAAGCUGGUCGGGGUGGCCGUCCUCGACCCCAUCGAUGAUGUAUUCAUGAACACCUUCCUCAACCUGCCAACCGAGUGCAUUGCUUAUUUGAACGCUACCAUCUCCAUCGCCAGCGCCUCCUGA